AUGCGUCUACUUGCUACGAGCAGGGCGCUACGGCUUGGAAGCGGAAGGUGGUCAGUAGCUUCAGCGCGAGGUACUGUCCGCGUUCCCUAUUCCCGCUUUCCAGAUGCUCAGGUUCUUGGGCGUCGAAGCUGGAGCACCACAGCUGUGCGCAGGACGCAGGAUGCCUCGGAAAGGUCUGAAAACGCACUGAGAGCAUCAGCCUUCCCUAAAUCACUAUCCGUUGAAGGCAAAACUUAUCCCACCGACGACUGGACAAACACUCCUGCUACGAUACUCUCGCACAUCGGCCGCCGACUCUACCUCGACGAAAACCACCCCCUCGCAAUAACCCGCAAGCUCAUUGAGAGCCAAUUCCCCGCCCCGGUCUACGGCAACUACUCCGAGAAGAAUCCUAUUGUAACAACAGCCCAGAAUUUCGACGUCCUCGGUUUCCCCGCAGACCACCCUGGCCGGAGUCGCACCGAUACAUACUACCUCAACGACAAGACCGUCCUCCGAACACACACGAGUGCCCAUCAACAAGCGUACUUCCAACAGAUAAAUCGCAAUGAGGCGACACGUCCCGAAGAGGUUGGGUAUACUGUUGUUGCGGAUGUCUAUCGGAGAGAUGCGAUUGAUCGCAGCCACUACCCGGUGUUUCACCAGAUGGAGGGAGCGAUGCUGUGGAAGCGGCCUGUUGAUGAGCCGCUGAAGCAUUCAGGUCAGACUGCUGCUGCGAUUGCAGAGGAUGUUGAAAGGAUUCCAGCCCAUAGUGUACCAGUUGAGGACCCCAAUCCUACAAUCCAUCCCGAACGCAACCCGCUCCAGGCCGAACACCAUAGCGAGGAGGAGGUUGCAGCUAUCGCCGCGCAUCUCAAGCGCUCACUCGAACGAAUGGUCAUUAAGGUCUUCACCGAGGCCCAGAAAGCUGCUGCGGCUGCGGGUGUGGAAACAGAGCCACUAAAGGUCCGAUGGAUCGAGGCAUAUUUUCCCUUUACAAGCCCGUCGUGGGAGCUGGAGGUGUUCUGGCAGGGCGACUGGUUAGAAAUUCUAGGCUGCGGAGUGGUUAAGCAGGAGCUUCUCAUCAACUCUGACGUGCCCAACCGGGUGGGAUGGGCUUUUGGCUUGGGCCUAGAGCGCAUCGCCAUGCUUCUGUUCAACAUCCCCGAUAUCCGGCUGUUCUGGUCAAAGGACGAGCGAUUCCUUUCUCAGUUCAAGGCGGGCCAGAUUACCCGCUUCGAGCCGUUCUCCAGACACCCCGCGUGCUACAAGGAUGUUGCGUUUUGGCUGCCAUCCGCGGCUGUCAGUGGCGGAAGUGCGGCUGGCGGAGCGGUCCCGGUCCAUGAGAACGAUAUCAUGGAGAUUGUGCGGGGAGUCGGCGGUGACCUUGUUGAGGAUGUCAGGCUGAUUGACGAGUUCACUCACCCCAAGACAGCCCGCAGGAGCAUGUGCUAUCGCAUCAACUACCGCAGUCUGGAACGCACAUUGACGAACGAGGAGACCAACGAUCUCCACGAGGAGGUGCGACAGAAGCUCACCAAUCAGCUCCAUGUCGAACUGCGGUGA